GCGGACGGCCUGGGGUCUCCCUGCUUCGGCGCCCGUUUCUUCCGCUCGCGACCCGCCGACCGCGCCGCCAUGGCGGCCAUCAGGGCCCUGGCGUUGGCCUCCCCGCUCAGGCCGCUCGCGGGACUGCGGUGGCCCCCUCCCUGCGGGCGGGCGGCCCUGCACGGCUCGGCGCCGCGGCCCGCGGCCAGGGUGGCGCUGGUGCUGUCUGGCUGUGGGGUCUAUGACGGGACCGAGAUCCACGAGGCCUCUGCGAUCCUGGUGCACCUGAGCCGUGGAGGAGCUGAGGUCCAGAUUUUUGCCCCAGAUGUCCCUCAGAUGCACGUGAUUGACCACACCAAGGGGCAGCCGUCUGAGAGCGAGAGCAGGAAUGUUUUGGCAGAGUCGGCAAGAAUUGCCCGAGGCAAGAUCACCAACCUGGCCCAGCUCAGCGCCUCCAACCACGAUGCUGCCAUCUUUCCCGGAGGAUUUGGAGCUGCCAAGAACCUGAGCACCUUUGCCGUGGAUGGGAAGGACUGCAAGGUGAAUAAGGACGUGGAGCGAGUCCUGAAGGAGUUCCACGCUGCCGGGAAGCCCAUCGGCCUGUGCUGCAUCGCGCCUGUGCUUGCGGCCAAGGUGCUCAGAGGCGUGGAGGUCACAGUGGGCCACGAGCAGGAAGAGGGCGGCAAGUGGCCCUACGCCGGGACUGCAGAAGCCAUCAAAGCCCUGGGGGCCACGCACUGCGUGAAGGGCGUGAACGAAGCCCAUGUGGACCUGAAGAACAAAGUGGUCACUACCCCGGCCUUCAUGUGUGAGACCGCGCUUCACCACAUCCAUGAUGGGAUUGGGGCCAUGGUGAAGAAGGUGCUGGAACUCACCGGGAAGUGACGGCGCUGGUGGCGGCGUGUGCCUCCUGGCCCAGGCUGCCCGGGGCAGGGGCUGCCGCCGUGCCUGCUGGAGGCCCCGCACGCUGGGCUCAGCUCAGCCUCGGGCUGGAGGAAGUGGGGCUUGCGCCGGCCCCUGAGCCGCUGCUCAGCUUCUCUAGAGAACCGGGAGAUGCCCCGCGCCAGCCAGCUUUGGACUUUCGGGAUGCUUAAUGUUUGAAGAAAGAAAACGUUGGAGGUUUCAAAUCUUAAUUAUAGAUCCAGAAUAAUU